AUGGUGAGGAGAUAUCUAAUCAAUGUGAUCACCAUCUCACACCGAAUUCAGCCGCCCCGCAAAACUCCAUCUAAAGGCAAAGCAGCGGCAGCCAAAUCAACCGCAUCAGCUUCAAAAUCGCGACGGUCAAAGCUCGCCAAGGAGAGUGACAUCUCCGCUGAAGAAGAAAUCGAGAUCAAGGAAGCAUGGACUUUGUUCCGAGUGCAGGAUGUUGAUGAAUACGAGGAUGAGAAAGAGGGCAUCAUCAAAACCACUGAUGUGAAGAAUGUCUUGAAAGCCCAAGGUCUCGCUCCAAGGUCCAAGGUGGAAAUGGAUGACUUUAUCGAAACCCUUGAUCCUGAUUCAUCGGGAUAUGUCACUUAUCCUCACUUUCUUGCGCUUUGCGCCAUACAACUCAAGUCUAAGACGGACGAAACGAAAGCAGAGGAAGUCGAGACGGCCUUCAAUCUGUUCACCCAUGGCCAAGUCAGAAGUGAUGGAGAUGAGGUGAUUGGAUUGAACGAUCUACGCGCGGUUGCACGAACGUUGAAAGAAGACGUCAGCGACGAUGUGCUAAAAGCCAUGAUUCUCGAGGCCAAUGGAGGGUCUGGUAUCAGUAGAGGCGUGAGGUCACAGAACAACAAGAAUCAUAAACGCAACGACAUCGAAAUCGGCUGGAAAGGAGUUUUGAAGUUGUAA